ACAUUUCCGCCUAAAAACAAGUACCACUCCCCUCUCUACUCUCUCUCUCUCUCUCUCAGACAAACAAUUUCCUGCGAAAUUCUCAUUUCCUUAAUGGCAGAACCCAAAUUAGAAUUAAAUUCCCAACCAAACCCUAAUUCCUUAAUCAUCUCAGCACCGCCGUCAACUCCGCCGGACUCACCGCCGGCGACGGCAACCACCGGCGGAGUAUUCGGUUCAUCUCUAUGGCUCCGGCAACGGCCAAAAAUAAGAGUAACAACUGAAUUUGACAGUGAUAGUGCUGUAUUUUUCCACAGAAUAUCAUGUAAAGUGCUUGAUAGUUUAGCCAAAUUGAAGUUUUCGUUUCAGAAUAAUGGUAAAGGAGAGUUAUCUGAUCCUCAAUUAGCGUUAACUUCAAAGUAUUUGUCACUUCAUUAUGAUGUUGAAGAGAAGAAUGCGCUUGUUAAUGCUUCCUUUGAUGUUGCACCUGGUUUGCAGUUUAAAGCUGUACAUGAAGUAAAGUCACAACAAGGAGAACUGUCAAUGGUAGCUGAUCUGGCAGGUCCAGCUUACAAGUUUGAGUUAUCUUCUGCCGUUCCAUCAGUAGGCCUGCCAAGAGCAACCCUCAAAUUUCCUCUGGGUGAAGUUUCACUAGAGGAGAAAGAGGAGGAGGAGGAGGAGCAAGCAAAGAGAAUACUCUCCGUGAAUGGAAUCCUCAAAGGCCAGAUCCUGAAUGGAGUUUGUACUGCAAAAUACAGGGAUGAAGCUUUGGAUCUGAGAUACUGCUUUAAGGAUGAGCAAAUGACAUUCAUUCCUAGCAUUUCCUUGCCUUCAAAUGCAAUGUCAUUUGCAUUCAAGCGUCGAUUCGGUCCUUCAGACAAGUUGAGCUACUGGUAUAAUUUGGACACGAAUUACUGGAGCACAGUCUAUAAACACAAUAUCGGAAAUGACUUCAAGUUCAAAGCUGGUUAUGAUUCGGAAGUGCGACUUGGAUGGGCAUCUCUAUGGGUUGGACAGGAAGAUGGAAAAGCAAAGACAGCUCCAAUGAAGAUGAAAGUACAAUUUAUGCUUCAAGUACCUCAAGACGACAUUUCAUCAUCAGCCUUGAUGUUCCGUGCGAAGAAGAGGUGGGAUAUAUGAACUAUGAUGAUAUACUAAGACACUCUCUUACCCAUGCUGUACGAGAUAGUUGUUUACAGUGGAAAUAUGGAUGUUCCGCGCCUAAAAUGUUUUAGAUUUCUUAAAAUCUGAUCCCUUGCCUACCAAAUUCAUUUGUGUUGUUACUUUCAUAUAUGCCAGUGAAAGCUUAAAAACAACUUUUAGAUCAAUCAUGCUGCAACCAAUAAACCACGAUCUUUCAGUUGAAUGAGAAACGUGGUUUUGGUAAAUUUUCCGUCA